AUGAGUAAAGGAAGUAUUACCGCAGUUGGCGCAUCUAAUAAACAAACAUUGCAACAAACUCCGAUUACAGCUAAUCAAAUGAAACAAAUAAAAAAUGAUAAGGAUAUACAAUCGACACAGUUAAGUAAAGAACAAAUAGGAAAUGCAAAAAAUGGGAAGAAAAAUCUGUUGCAAAGGAUAAAAGAUAUAAAAGAGAAAAAAGAUGGACAAGUUCAAUAUGAACAAUAUAAAUCAAUAAAACGGCGAAAAAAAGGAAAAAAAUUGGAAAUAGCGAAAACUCAAAGAAGCACACGAAUGAAAGAGCAAUUAAAAAAAGAAGAUCAGAUGAAAAAUGAGGAGCAAGAAGAGGAAGAAGAGGAUGAUGAUACGAUGAAAGGAAUUGCUUCGUUACAGCAAGAUUUGAAUAUUGUUUCAACUGAAGAAUAA